AUGGACCUAUCCUGGUCUGACUACAGAAGCUGCCAAGCACAUGUCCUGUUCGGCCUCCGGCAGAAGGGGGCCAAUGUGAAGGAUUUCGCUAUGGACUUUUUGAGAUCUGCCAAGUACUCCGGCUUCAACGAGGCAGAGUUAAAGGUAAUUUUCAACAGCUGCCUCGACAAGCCCCUCACUACGGCAGAGCAAAGGACCCUGAAACCCCUGGGCUUCCCGGAUACAGUGGAGUAUUUGAUGAACCGUGAAGAGCCAGGGGAUUCUACUGACACACCUCAUCCUGUCCCUUUGCCUUCCAUCCCGGAGGGCUGUGUUGUCGGGGUGAUGACCCAGGAGUUCUCUGCGCCCUCCACAUCGAGUCCGGUAAGCUCCGCCCCGCCAGUCAGCCUUCGGGGUAGUCGUCUGGCGAGACGGGGAAGGGGCAUUCUGACCGGGGCGAUCAGGCUGGGGAGGUCGUCUCUCGUCUCUCCGGCGCCGGAGACUACGCCCGAUCCCAAGUCCAGACCUCUGUCACCUAUCCCAGGGGGUCGUGUUGUCGGGAUGGUAGUCCAGGAGAACUCUGCGCCCUCCAAAUCGAGUCCGGUAAGCUCCGCCCCGCAAGUCAGCCUUCGGGGCAAACGAGAGCGAAGAGUGUCAUGGGAAUCUGCAUCGGAAGGGUCUUCUACCGAGCCUAUCGUUCCCACCACACCACCUCCUGCCAUCGCUCUCACUGCACCGCGCCCAAAGAAGAAGAAGAGGAAGAAGGGCUCCUCCGCUCUUCAGCCAGCUGCCACCCCUCAGUCCGCUGAUAAGCAGCAGCCUCUGCCUUCGCCGGUGCAGCCUCAGCCAGGGUCUAUCCAGCCUGUGUUGUCUCCGCAGCCGCCCGCUGCGCUCCCUGUCAUUGAUCCUGUGUCGUCUCUGCAGCCGCCCGCUGCACCCCCCGUCAUUGUCCCUGCCUUGUCUCCGCUGCCGUCCGCAGCCUCCCCUGUCAUGAUUCCUGUCUCGCCUCCGCAGCCGUCCGCUGCGCCCCCUGUCAUUGUCUCUGUCUCCAUGUCGUCUCCGCUGCCGGACGCAGCGUCCCCUGUCAUGUUUCCUGUUUCCCCUCAGCCUUUAAACCCUGACCUUGUUGUUCCUGCCUUGCCCCAAGCUGUUUCCUCCCCACGAAACCCUGUUAGGCCUGCCCGGCCUCCACGCACCCAACCCUCAGCUACUCCCCGGGGUCAGAGGUCUCGUCCCGUACCCAGUCCCAUCCCUCCUCCUGUGAACGUUGCUGUUCCCCCGCCCCCCCCUCCCUUGUUUGUUGUUCUUGUUGUCCCACCCGAACCCUCUAGUUGUUCUGUCUUGUCUUCCCUUAAUGGUGUUUGUCAUGUUUUCGUGGAUGUUGUCCAGUGUCCAAUCUGUCUUGUCCUGUGUCUCUCCUUGAGGGCCGCCAGGGGGCGUCCCUUGAGGGGAGGGUCCUGUUAG